AACCGGCCGCGGAGCUGCGGCCGCGGGCAGUGGAACGGCGACGGCACCGCGGAGCCGCCGGCAUGAGUGCCCCCCGCCGCCCCGCGUCCCGGGCCCGGCCUUUCUGACAAGAGGUGUGAGAGGAUUGCUAUUGUGUUGCAGUCAUGGUGCAGAAAUACCAGUCACCCGUGAGGGUGUAUAAACACCCCUUUGAAUUAAUUAUGGCUGCCUAUGAAAGGAGGUUUCCUACAUGUCCUUUGAUUCCGAUGUUUGUGGACAGUGACACUGUGAAUGAGUUCAAGAGCGAAGACGGGGCUAUUCACGUUAUAGAAAGGCGCUGUAAGCUGGACAUAGACGCACCAAGGCUGCUGAAAAAGAUUGCAGGAGUUGAUUAUGUUUAUUUUGUCCAGAAAAACUCACUGAAUUCUCGGGAACGUACUUUGCACAUUGAGGCCCACAAUGAAACCUUUUCUAAUCGGGUCAUCAUCACUGAGCACUGCUGCUACACCGUGAGUGCCCAGCAUUUGGGGAAGGACGUUCACCCUGAAAAUGAAGAUUGGACUUGUUUUGAACAGUCUGCAAGUUUAGAUAUUAAAUCUUUCUUUGGUUUUGAAAGUACAGUGGAAAAAAUUGCAAUGAAACAAUAUACCAGCAACAUUAAAAAAGGAAAAGAAAUAAUUGAAUACUAUCUUCGUCAGUUGGAAGAAGAAGGCAUAACGUUCGUGCCCCGCUGGACUCCGCCUUCCAUUGCUCCGUCCUCAGAGACCUCCUCAUUGUGCAAGAAACAGGCAGCAUCCUUGGCUCUUGUGGUUCCAGAUGCUGCCCAGGCGGAGGGGCUGGGCAGUGAGGCCCUCAGCAGCCCCAGCGGGCCACCUGAGCCCGUGGCGGGGACCCCUGACGACAAACUAGAUGCGGACUACAUCAAGAGAUACCUGGGUGACUUGACCCCGCUACAGGAGAGCUGCCUGAUCCGGCUUCGCCAGUGGCUCCAGGAGACCCACAAGGGCAAAAUCCCAAAAGAUGAGCAUAUUCUUCGGUUCUUACGCGCCCGGGACUUCAAUAUCGACAAAGCCAGAGAGAUCAUGUGUCAGUCUUUGACUUGGCGAAAGCAGCACCAGGUGGACUACAUUCUUGAGACCUGGAGCCCUCCCCAGGUCCUUCAGGACUACUACGCGGGAGGCUGGCACCAUCAUGACAAAGACGGGCGGCCACUAUACGUUCUCAGGCUGGGGCAGAUGGACACCAAGGGCUUGGUGAGGGCCCUCGGGGAGGAGGCUCUGCUGCGAUACGUUCUCUCCAUAAACGAAGAAGGGCUGAGACGGUGUGAAGAAAAUACAAAAGUCUUUGGUCGACCUAUCAGUUCGUGGACCUGCCUGGUGGACCUGGAGGGACUCAACAUGCGCCACCUGUGGAGACCCGGUGUCAAGGCCUUGCUGCGCAUCAUAGAGGUGGUGGAGGCCAACUACCCGGAGACGCUCGGCCGCCUCCUCAUUCUCCGCGCUCCUCGUGUGUUCCCUGUCCUCUGGACGCUGGUUAGUCCAUUCAUCGAUGACAACACCAGAAGGAAAUUCCUGAUUUAUGCCGGAAAUGACUACCAGGGUCCCGGAGGCCUGCUGGACUACAUUGAUAAAGAGAUUAUUCCAGAUUUCCUGAGCGGGGAGUGUAUGUGCGAAGUGCCCGAGGGCGGACUGGUCCCCAAGUCUCUGUACAGGACUGCAGAGGAGCUGGAGAACGAGGACCUCAGGCUCUGGACCGAGACCAUCUACCAGUCUGCAAGCGUCUUCAAAGGAGCCCCGCAUGAGAUCCUCAUUCAGAUUGUGGAUGCCUCUUCAGUGAUCACUUGGGAUUUUGACGUGUGCAAAGGGGACAUUGUCUUCAACAUCUACCACUCCAAGAGGUCGCCCCAGCCUCCCAAAAAGGACUCCCUGGGGGCACACAGCAUUACUUCCCCAGGAGGGAAUAACGUGCAGCUAAUAGACAGAGUCUGGCAGCUGGGCCGUGACUACAGCAUGGUGGAGUCACCUCUGAUCUGCAAAGAAGGGGAAAGCGUGCAGGGCUCACACGUGACAAGAUGGCCGGGCUUCUACAUCCUGCAGUGGAGAUUCCACAGCAUGCCCGCGUGCGCCGCCACCAACCUGCCCCGGGUGGACGAUGUGCUGGCCUCCCUGCAGGUGUCGUCCCACAAGUGCAAAGUGAUGUACUACACCGAAGUGAUCGGCUCCGAGGAUUUCCGAGGCUCUAUGACCAGCCUGGAGUCCAGCCACAGCGGGUUCUCCCAGCUGAGCGCCGCCACCACCUCCUCCAGCCAGUCUCAGUCCAGCUCCAUGAUUUCCAGGUAGUGCCGCAGCGCCCGUGCCCAGGGCGCGGAGGGGACAGCGCGCCUCCUCGGACAGCCUGCCGCGUUCCGCCACCCGCCCGGCGGCCACACUGUGCAGACUUCUCACCCUCUAGGUAGCAGAUAGCUCUCCAGAUGGCACAUGUAGUGCUUGAUCCCAGACUGUCUCGACAGGUAGUUGUAACUCUAACUCCAUAGCCAUAGAUUUUGUAUACAGUGUGCACAAAAUCAAACCAGAGCACAAGGGCUCUCUUGAAAGAAAAGUAGUUUAUAUACAAUUAAGAGGUUGACUUCGUCUCAAAUGUUGAUGCAAAAAAUGUUUCCAGCAACCUCCACACCCUGUCCGUUAACGGAUGAAUUCCUACACCAUCCUUCAGAGGUGACCCACCUUCCUACACGGGGCAGGAACCACCAGCUCGUCCCCACACCACGUCACAGUGUCACCCUCUGCUGUUAGCCGGCAUGGCCCACAGAUCGAGGGGCCGCCCACUAGGCCCCUGUCCUUCGAGCAGCGCUGCUUCCGUGGGGAGCACUUGGGGGCAGCCUGCAGGAGCACCUCGCUUGGGCCCCGCGGGCGGGUGACCCGCUGUCCUGCAGUGGGUGCGGGUGGGCCCGGGGGCUCUCGGGGACCCCCCCCCCCCCACGGUGCCAGGAGAGCACCACCACCAUUAAACAGCUUCUCUUUCCUGCUUUCCACAUCUUUCUGGUACUUUCAGAGCAGGAUUUUUCUGUAUGUGAACUCGCGCGGAAGGGAUUCUUUCCCUUUUCCUUCUGGUAUGUUCUUACCUGCAAAUGCUAGUUCUGAACUCACUCUAGACUUAGGUCCCCUCUGCCUCCUCUUAGCUUGAUAGCGUCAGAGCCCAUGCGGUCUUUCUAGUCACUCGAAGGCUGUUGUGACGACUCAGUCAUGUUUGCCAUUUUGAAGUUGUCCAGUGUCCAUCUGCGCUGAUGAGUGUUCUUGCCAUGCGGCCGCUCCAGGAGAGCAUGCGGCUUACAGGAGCCCCGCUGCUUCAUAGAAGGACAUUGCCUACGUGUGGGGGGCGUGCGCGGCAGUGGGGGCACACGCGUGUGAGUGAGGCAGCGCGUGGGGGGUGUUUGGAGUGGGUGGCAGUGCGUGGGGGCACACGUGGGUGAGCGUGACAGUGUGUGUGGCACGUGUGUGCAAGUGUGGCAUUGGGGGGCACGUGAGGGGGGGGGGGCGGGGGGGGGGGGGUGUGGGUGGGCAUCAGUGUGGUGUUGGUGAGAAAUGGGGCAAGUAGAAAGUGAGAUAAGUUACAAGGGAUUCUUCUUCGAAGCAAAUCAGAGUAUGAGCUUGGUUUGCCUUCUUUGUUUUGUUUUUGAUUCCCAAUUCUUGUGUUGGCCCAUGUUUUUUUCAGCUUUUUAUGGGAAAAGCAGGUCAUUUGCGAAUCUGUCUGGAUGUUGCGUAGGGUCAGCGUUUGUGAUAAGGAUGUGAUGUGUGGUGUCGUGUGUUGGAAGAGGCUGUGUUUUUAAAGAUAUGUGCCACAGCCCACGUGGCCGUUAGCGGCAGGUGUGAGAAGCACGGAAGCCUGGGCCGCAUUGCUUGCCAUCCGCUCUCGAGGCCCGAGGUGGGUGGCUGCAGGGUGGACAGGUGUGGGCGCCGCGGGCGAGCCCCAGCGGGCUCGUGAGGAACGCCGGGUCAGGGAGGCCCCCGAGGCGGCCCGCACAACUGAAGACUGGGCUUCUCCGUGGUCGCCGGCCUUCCCGGAGUGUGUGGCCUCUGAAAAGAUACGCUCGCCAUUGGCACCUAAAGCCUUGUUUCCAGAAAGCACAGUAGGGUUGGUUAGUGCCCCUGUGCUGCUUCCGAUCAGUGCUUCCUGCUUCUAAAUUAUAAGGACCUGAAGAUGGUCCCUUCCUUCUUUCUUUCUUUCUCUCUCUCUCUGUGUCUCAGAUGGCGAUUUUGCUGACAGCUGCCAAGAAAACGCUUCCCUCCACAGUCCACCUCAGCCCAGGGAUGUCUGUAGAACUGCUUGAGUUGCAGCCAUUCCCUCCCCCUCCCCCAGUCUGAAGACGUGUUCGUUUUAAGUUGGCUCAGAAGUGGCACUGUCUUGUCCCCAGAGAGUUGAAUGCGUCUCUCAGAGUUCAAAGCACAUCACUGCGCAGACGCCUGCAGGGUUCCUCAUGAGUGACACGGCACCUGCUUCUCCUUGGAGGGGGCCGCGGGCGCCCGGACCCGGACUCUGCCCCUACUUCCAGUGCCCUGCGCUCUCGCACUCCGCCUUUCUCCUGCACUAAGGGUUCUUUUGAUUUCCCCUCUAUUACUAGUGUCUUAACUCACUUUUCUUCCUAAAUUCAUUAUUUGCAUAUCAAAUUCUGUAAAUGUUUUGUAAACAUAUUACCUCACUCUUGGUAAUACAAUACUGAUAGUCUUUAAAAGAUUUUUUUACUGUUAUCAAUAAUAAACGUGAACUGUUUCAAGAA